CAAACAAAUGGCUUGGAGAGCAAGGUCGAGUAAUGUUCAGAGCAAUGGUUGGCCAAUACCAUAGUUACGUGGGCAGGGGCCUCAUGCUCGAUCUGACUCGUCCUGCUGGCGUUCUCAAAUAUGAACGCGAUCCAAAUGCGACCAAAAAGCAGCAAGAUACUGGGGACCGACGUAGAAGACAAUCGAGAAUCAACUCUAAGGUCAAGAAUCUUGAAAAUGGUCGAGAUAGAAUUGGCUUGCUCCAGCAUAACAUUGAUGACUUGCUGGAUGACGGUGAUACAGGAAUCGGACUCGCAACCAGGAUCAGAUAUCUCGAAAGACUCGCCAAAAUUGGUUAUGUCCGCCCGGAAUUUGUUACUUCGCUCAAGGGCGACUGGAGGCCGGAACCAGGAGCAGAGCCAGCGAGAGCAAAACAAGCCAAAGAAAAGCGAACAAGAGCAAAGCAAACGAGAGCAAAGCAAACGAGAGCAGAGCAAGCGAGAACAAAGCAAGCGAAGCCGCUGUCAAAAGAAGCUCGCUUGUUGCCAUCCCAAUUCGAGCGACUUGAAGCAUGGCCAAAGAGGCCUCGCACCAGGCGAGAGUCUGCAAUCGAACAGCGAGGACCAAACGACAGCUGAGGACUGAAGACCAGGCUGUACGCUUAAGCAUCUUUUCUUCUGCUUUUUCUCUCUUCUUCUUUCUUUAUAUUUCUUGUCUUCUUUUUCCGGUGACCAUUCUUGUUGAAGAGAGCUCCUGGUGAGCGAUUUGAAAAGAGGGGAGAAAUGAUAAGAGCGAGUGGACCAGAGCCGCGAAGAAAGAAAGAGAGAAGAACAUGAACGAAAAUAAAGGUU